ACUAGUAUUUAUUUUCUUUACUGUUCCUAUUAUUAUUCGUGGGAUAAGGAUGGUGACAAAGAUAUGGUUCAGGCUAUUCUAAAGGGAGAGUCUCCCGCAAACACACACCUGAAUCGAUCCUCCUCGAUACCACAUCGCAUUCUGAGCCACUCCCUCGUCCCUGGCAACAAGACCUAUGGUGAGGAGAAGUAGCUGCUUGAGCUCCUUAUCCUACGCGAUCAGUAAAACUCCUUCCUGAGUUCAGCCUCCAAUGUCUUCUUGCGAUGUUUCCCACCUGCACGGUGUACGAUGAUCCAUCAGACGUGCUGCAAUUUUUCAGCUUUAGUUUCGCGUCUGGUAGCUCUUCCCCUCGAGCCGCAGGUGUUCUCCCUGUCAUGUACCGAGUUCUUGGCCAACGUCAAAGGAUCGCAUUGGGCGGCGGCACUCGCGUUGGAGCACCGAAAGAGGGGCGGUGGGGAUUUGCUGUCUCGACUCGAGACAGUCCAAGGUUCACACGAGAUGAGAUGGCGGCUUCCGGUAGGUCGAGCAUGCAGAGCCCAGAGCCGCGUCGGUGGUCCCCACAACCUACACCGUGCUCUGCCGCACGGUCCGGUGGGAAGACUCGGUGGUCGGGGAGGUCUUCCUGCUUCUUCUGAGACGGCCAUGACCGCGGAGGGAGGAAGGGCGGGGUUGGCGCCACCGUUAAUGAUGGUGGUCCUCCCGAGAUUUGAGGCGGCCUCCGUGACAACUCCCGACCACCCCCGCCGCCUAUUAUUUUACCACGAUAAAGCCACCACAUGCGUCGCCUGCCGGGCCUCCGCCAUGGCGGACGAAUCCCCCGGUUGUUUCGAGGUGAAUGACGAAAAGGCCACUGUGGCGAGUGAUCCGCACAUCAGACCGUGGAAAGCACUCGCGUUUCCCGGCAGGGUAGGAACGUAAAUAAUGCACAACAUUCGGGGUGGUUGGCGAGUGAAUGAUUGGUCUGUAGCGAGAACACGAUCGCUAACCUAAUCUGAUGUCGACGUAGCUGACCUUGACUCGAUCGAGACAUGGAUGGAGGAGUUGGUGCACCAGAUACAAAGGCUUUUGGUGUAUGCUUUGCAGGAUAAGAGCUACAGAGAGCGAAACAUGAGGAGCUACGUACAAGCGGAAACGGCGGUGUCUCAUCACAGUAAGGAGGGGACACGGAGGAAGUAGAACAGGAAUCAGCAGCAGGAGGUGGUGGUGAUCACCCAAGGAAGGGAGAGACAGAAGGCGGUAGGGGUUUCGGGAGAUGGAAACAGAAAGGGGACUACAGACGUUGACAGGGUCGACGGUGUCUUACCAAAACCCUAUCCUGGAUUCAUCUCCUUCCUUGCUUUGACAUACUCGAACGCUGAGUCAAUCCCUAAACCAGUUCCGAACCUGCACCCUUCCUCUUCCUCCGACGAAACCAUUCCGACAGCAGCCACUACUUAUACCCAAUUUUCCAAGGAAAGAAUGAGGAGAUGGAGGAGUUUGGCUUUCCCUCUCUCUACGGAGCAGUGACCUGACUGCGUGCUAGAAAGCAAGGAAGAAAGGAAAAGAGACGGCAGACAGACAGACGGCCGCCUCGCUUUCCUUCUUUUUCUUCUCUUUCUCUGCUAAUCAAUCAAACUCUUUUAUCGGCUUCGUUCAUCCUUCACCUGUUCAAUCGUUCUUUCUUUCUUUCUUCCUGCUUUCUUCUGCUGGACUGUUUCAAUUCUCACGUCCAUCCAAGUUGUGUUGUAUCAGCAAAAUAAUUUGAGCGAGAAGGAAAUCUAUUGCACAGGAAAUGGAUCCGAUGACGGCAUCCACACAUGGCCACCAUCUCCCUCCCUUCCGCGCACGAGAUUUCCACCACCUCCACCAUUCGCCGCAAGUACCCCAACACUUCCAAACGCAGCAGCAGCAGCAGCCCAAGAUCGAAGAAGAGCACAGCAGCCUCCACCGCGGCAACAUGGAUGACAGCAGCAGCAACAACAACAAUAACUUUAUAGGUAGCAACAGUUCGAACAGCGCUGACGGAAAGGAGCAGGCACCGAUGACAUCGCCCGGCAGCGGCGGUGCAGAGGGGGAGAUCAAUCGCAAGCCACGGGGCCGGCCGCCAGGCUCGAAGAACAAACCGAAGCCACCGAUCAUCAUCACCAGGAACAGCGCCAACGCGCUACUGUCCCACGUGAUGGAAAUCGCCGGCGGGUGCGACAUCUGCGAGAGCGUCGCCACUUUCGCGCGCCGGAGGCAGCGCGGCGUCUGCAUCCUUGGCGGCAGCGGCACCGUGAUCAACGUCACCCUUCGCCAAUCGGCCUCCCCCGGUGCCGUCGUCACCCUCCGUGGCCGGUUCGAGAUCCUCUCCAUCUCCGGAUCCUUCCUGCCGCCGCCGGCGCCACCGGCCGCCACAGGAAUGACCAUCUAUUUGUCGGGCGGGCAGGGACAUGUCGUCGGAGGGAGCGUGGUCGGGCCGCUGAUAGCAAUGGGCCCCAUCAUCAUAAUGGCAGCGUCGUUCGGCAGCGCCGCCUACGAGCGUCUCCCCCUCCCGGAGGAAGAGGGUCUACAAGCGCAGGGGCCACUUGGAUCACCAGAUUUUGUGGGGCAAUCGCCGCAGGCCCAGCAGCAGCUGCUGCCCGACCCCAACAACCCGCUCUUCCACAACCUGUCGCCGAGCUUACUCAACAACAUGCAGUCGCCUGCGGACGCUUACGGAUGGGGCGCCGGAGGAGUUCGUCCGCCAUAUUGAUUCGAUUAAAGUUUGCACUCGUUCACUAUCUUGCUUUCUUUUCUUCCCUUCUGUUCUUUCUCAGUUGGAUUGUCUUCAGAUGGGGUUUGUUCUCGUUACUUUGGCUUCUCUCGUUAGGUUGACUCAUCUUAGAAAUAGCUUGUACAAAUCCGGAGAUUCUUAGUGGCUGAACUUUGCGAACGAAACGCUUAAUUGAUGAAUAUGUCAUAUGGGGGAAGAAGAGAAUGGAAGAAUUAUGAGUUUGUUUCUUUUCUUUUCUCUCCAAUUAACUGCGUACAUCUCCCAUGCACAGAGAGUUCCGUUCAUCCUUUUCGACAGAAGGCAGAGUGAGAAAGAAAGGAUCAAGCAUUGUACUUGAGCUCUAGCAUCACUAUCUGUUGCUUUGAAGACCACUCCGGUUUCCACAACUCAGUUCAUCACUUCUAGACUCCAUUCCUAAAGCUCUCCAUCAUCCUGUCUAAUGGCAUUCAUAAGCACUUUUACAAGACAUUACUGUCAUGCACGACUUUUGGUCUUCACAAACUCCUUACCCGACAAUACUACUGUCUUCAGCCAUUCUUGAAACAAAACCUAGCAAAUUGUCCAUUUGCACUGACAUUUUACGAUGCUGCUUCUUCUUCUUCUUCUUCUUCUUCUUCUUCUUCUUCUUCUGUGGUAUGAGGGAAUUCCACUUCCUGUCCCGUUGACAGCAAGAGGGUCAGAUGGCCAAGGAAAGUCUGGUACUUUGGAGUAGCAACAAGGAGUAAUGGAGGACUGUCCUACACGUGCAUUCUUUCUCAUCGGCUUCUUCCCGAGGCAAACCAGCCAGCUUGAAAACAAGGCAUCAAGUAGGGGUGCAAACCUACUCUGCCUCUCUCAUGAAGAAGAAGCAGCAGCCACAGCGGCAACAGUAAUGGCAGAAACAGCACACGCAGAGGGGUCGACAGACAUGUAUAUGUUUAACCUCCUCCGUACAUUACUGGCCAGAUUCCACAUAGGAGACUUAUCUUCAUCUUCUUCGUCAUCAAAAUUGGGCUUCAAACUCCAAUUGAAGACUUUUGUUCUUGACGAUCUUUCAACUCUCUUCGGCCAUUGUGUGGGGAGAACGAUCGGCCAUGUUUCUGCUACUGAAUUGUCGAUUUUACGCCUUUUUGUUUUCGUCAUAUCCUCUUCAUGUUAGUCAAAUUAUAUUGCAAAGUCAAAUGGUCGUUCAUCAAAUUUCAGGUCUGAUUUUAGAGUAUGCAAUUUAGGUUUAUGC